AUGUUUCUCCAAAUACUGUUAAUAUUUAUUUUAUAUAUUGUUGUAAACUUUAUCCAAAAAAAUAGGAAAUCAUCAUCCAAUGAACCUCCUAGUGCAUUUUCGAUAGAGUGGCCUUUGGUAGGUAGUUUGUUUAGAUUAGGAAUCCGUCCUCAUCAAACUCUUACAAAAUGGGCAGAGAAAUCAGGUCCAAUCUUUAAGUUCUAUAUGGGUGAUUAUAAAACUGUUUGUGUUAGUGACCCUCAAAUGAUUAGAGAAAUAUGGCAUAUCAAUAUGGAUAAUUUUCAUGAUGUUCCAGCAAUCCCUACCAUGAGAGUUGUAUCUGGUGAUUUUAGUAAUAUCGCUAUGGCAAGAGAAUAUAGAUGGAGAAGAAACAGAAACCUUUGUGCCAAUACAUUUUCAAAGAUGAAUUUAAAGACUACAUCUCCUCCAGUCUUAAACAAUCAGUGUAAACUUUUGAUGAAAUAUAUUGAUAAGAUUUAUGAAAGUGGUUCAUUGUUUAAAGUACAAGAAUUUAUGAAAAGAUAUUCUGUAAACAUUAUAUUAGAGGUUGUAUUUUCAUCAAAGAUGGAUUAUGAAGACAAAAGAUUGGAUAAAUUGAUCCAAUUAACCAACCAGAACUUUGUUAAUAACCAAACAGGUAAUAUUAUGGAUGUAGUGAGUAUCUUGCAACCAUUCUAUUAUAUCUGGAUAAAGUAUAUUACAGGUGUUCCAGUUGAUGGUUUAAAGGCCUACAUGAAUGAAUUAUUACAAGAACAUAAAAAAGAUUUAAAUCCUGAAAAACCAAGAGAUUUAUAUGAUCAAAUUAUAUUAGAUUAUGGUGAUGAAGAUGUAGAGGGAAUUCUUAGACUUGGAGUUGAUUUAUAUUUGACAGGUGUUGAAGCAGGUGCAGUAGCAAUGGAGUGGGUUCUAUUGUAUGUGACCAAUUAUCCAGAGAUUCAACAAAAGGUGUAUGAGGAGUUGAAAAAGGUAUUGGCCGAUGAUGUUGACGAUAGUGAUAAUAAUGGUAUGAUCAAUCUAAAGCAUCGUAUCAACUGUCCAUACACUUUAGCAGUCAUUAAAGAAGUGAUGAGAGUAGCACCUGCUGCGGUGUUUGGGUUACCAAGAAUUGCAAAGGAAGAUGUAGAGAUUGGAGGAUACACAGUCACCAAAGGAACACAAGUAAUGAUGAAUCUUCACAGUACACACCAUGACAAACGUUUCUAUGAAGAUCCUUAUGUAUUUGAUCCCAACAGAUGGUUGUUUGAAGACGACAACAAUAGAAAGGCAAACAAUAUGGCUUUCUUACCUUACGGCGUCGGUCCUCGUUCUUGUAUCGGUCAACAUCUAUCCAAUGACUUUAUGUUUAUAGGUAUUUCCAAUAUACUAUUAAACUACAAUUUAACAUCACCAAAUGGUCAAAAUCAUUUAAUUGAUGAUACUCCAAUAUUUGGGUUAACAGUUAGAUCAAAACCAUUCUCUGUAAAGUUAGAAAAAAGAUAA